AUGUCGACCCCCCGAAACGGUGGUAGUGAUGGAUCAAGAGGAGACACCCCCGUCGAAGGGCCACAGCUGCCGGCAUUCCCUCUGCUGCAGAACAACGCCAGUAGCGAGACUCUGAUGCAGAAUGUCCAGGCACAGAAGGGCAACAAGGGUAGCGUCGAGGAGGAUACCGACGAUGAACCUAUUGCCCAGCCCUUCGUACGCACCCGCAGCCCCGACUCAACCUCCAAAGAGGACAACCAGGCUGAAGACGAACGAGCGCCCGCUCGCCUCUUCUACAAAAUGCAUAAAUUCACCCUCUACGAGACAGCGAGCUGGUACUACAUCGUCGGCGGAGAUGUCACCGAGAAGCGCUACCGCAUACUGAAGAUCGACCGGAACACCCACGACUCGGAUCUCAGUAUCACAGAUGACAAGAUCAUAUACAACCAGAAAGAGAUGAACUCGCUACUCGACACUAUCGACGAUGGGAACAAGAGGACUGGAGGCAUCAAGCAACGCUGUACCACCUGGGGACUUCUAGGUUUCAUCAAGUUUACCGGGCCCUACUACAUGCUGCUCAUUACCAAAAAGAGCACCGUUGCUAUGGUGGGAGGCCAUUACAUCUACCAGGUUGAUGGCACCGAGCUCAUACCUCUGACACCAGCAAAGUACAAGCCAGACGUCCGAAAUACCGAGGAAUCCCGUUUUCUCGGCAUUCUGAACAAUCUUGAUCUCACAAGGUCCUUCUACUACAGCUAUUCAUACGACAUAACUCGGACGCUCCAGCACAAUCUUACCAGGGAACGCAUUGCCUUGUCGGAAGGGCUGCCAGGGAAGACUUACGAGGAAUACAAUUCCAUGUUCGUGUGGAACAGUCAUCUACUCCAGCCAGCAAACGAGGCUCUUCACGAGCCCUUUGACUGGUGCCGUCCCAUCAUACAUGGAUAUAUCGACCAAGCUGCUGUAUCCAUAUACGGGCGGACCGCACAUAUUACUAUUAUUGCUCGACGGUCUCGCUACUUCGCUGGCGCCCGUUUUCUGAAGAGAGGCGCCAACGACUUAGGCUACGUCGCGAACGAUGUCGAGACAGAACAGAUUGUGUCCGAGUCUCUGACCACCUCAUUUCAUUCUCCCGGACCAAAGCUGUUUGCAAGUCCUCAGUACACUUCGUACGUCCAGCACAGAGGAAGCAUACCGCUGUACUGGUCACAAGACAACAUCGGCGUGACGCCGAAACCACCCAUCGAGUUGAAUCUGGUUGACCCCUUUUACACCGCCGCAGCUCUGCAUUUCGACAACCUCUUUGAGAGGUACGGAUCGCCCAUCUACGCCCUCAACCUUGUCAAAGCGAGGGAGCGAACCCCGCGCGAGUCCAAGCUGCUCGACGAGUACACGAAAGCUGUCACAUAUCUCAACCAGUUCCUGCCAGAAGGACACAAAAUCAUCCACAAGGCCUGGGAUAUGAGUCGGGCAGCCAAAAGUCGCGAUCAAGACGUCAUUGGGACGCUGGAAAGCAUCGCCGAAUCCGUUGUUACUACGACCGGCUUCUUUCAGAAUGGCGACGGGGAGAUUUCUCCGACUCGAGUUCAAAACGGAGUGGCAAGAACGAACUGUAUCGACUGCCUGGAUCGUACCAACGCCGCGCAGUUUGUCAUCGGCAAGCGCGCUCUAGGCCACCAGCUCUAUGCGCUGGGCAUUCUCGAGAACACCCUUAUUGAAUAUGAUACUGAUGCGGUGAACCUCUUUACCCACAUGUACCACGACCAUGGUGACACUAUCGCCGUGCAGUACGGUGGUUCGCAGCUUGUGAACACCAUGGAGACAUACCGCAAGAUUAAUCAAUGGACCAGCCACUCGCGUGACAUGAUUGAAAGCUUCAAGCGGUAUUAUAAUAACUCAUUUAUGGACAGCCAGCGACAGGAAGCUUACAACUUGUUCCUCGGCAACUACAUCUUCUCGCAGGGCCAGCCGAUGCUGUGGGACUUGUCAACGGACUACUACCUGCAUCAUGCAGAUCCGCGGACAUGGUUGCAGACGGUGAAACAUGAUUAUAUCCACUGGUUCAACCCGCAACAUCUCGAGAAACGCUUUCUGCCUCCCUAUGUGCAGCCCAAGGGCGAUGCAGGCCACAAGCCAGUAGGCUUCUUUGACGAUUACUGGCUCGAGUACUACAGGCCGUCCACCCUCUCUUCUUUCCUGAAGAUGUUUCCUUACAAGAUGAACUCCACCAUUAAGUACAUCCCGUUCAAGUCCACGCAAGAAGGUCGAUAUGACCUAAGUCCAUUCCGCGUGCGUAACGAGGGAGAUCAAGAGACGCACGAGCAUAAGAAGAAGACGGCAGCAGCCGCCGCCGCUGCUACAGCAGCCAAGAAGGGCGUGACCAUCGUAGACCCACACGAUUCUGCCAAAAGCCUCGACGAUGACGCUGACUCCAUCCUGACGGAGAAGACGGGGGCAACCCGCGGCAUCUCCAUCCAACGCUGGCUGCAACCUAUGCAGCCGGAAAAGGUCCCAACGAUCCCCCACGGCAUUAUGAAGGAAACGGUCGACCGACCCCCCGACGCGCCUCGUAAGCAGACGCCGCAGGAGAAGUCUAAAGCCGCGCAGUGGACCUUCACCAAGGUAGUGCACGAGUCGCUGAACCCCUCGGUUAGCGCGCAGGAGACGGAGGACUACACGCGAUACAUUAGCCACCCACAGAGCCUGCCGCUUGUCGUCUCCAAUGAGGCGCCGAUCGAUGUCGACGCGUCCGAGUACCAGGACUAUUUGAAUGGCAACUGGCAGAUGGACGGCCUCGCUCCUAACGUGGCCGAGGGGGAUAUCUCGGCAUACUGGGAUUUGUUACGCGUGGGCGAGAAUCCUCUGACGGUUACGGAUGAAGAUUUGCCAAAAAAGAGGUACAAGGCGUAUCGCAAGUGGCUCAGGGGUAAGUCGCUUUUCAAGCAGCAGCCGGUCGAUUAG